AUGUCGGCUGCUGUUGCUUCACAGUGGCCCCAGCGCCGGCGCCGCGUCUUCCAGUCCGUCUUCCAUACAGACGACUCGCAGCCCACCCCCCACUCGACUCCAUGUAUCAGAUUUCCCGACCAGGGCCAGCCCUUCGGCGGCCCAGCGGCACCAAUCAGACACCAACACGCUCGCCGAGCCCACGCACACGCCCCUUUGGACGCGGCAGACCCGUCCCCUGCACUAUCACCCACCCUCACCUCGUCGCUCAGUACCAUUGAUGCCCGGUCUCAGUUGGCACAGCCCCUAUUCCCCUCACUGGCCACGGCGGCGGAUGACCAAGUUGUCUUUGAUCGAGCAUGGCAUGUCGUUACCGCCCGUAUUGCCCUACCAGCGUCGGCGACAGCUGAUGAUUCGUUUGGCACCUUGCCCCCUGACUCGCAGUUGCCACACCAAGCCUACACCUCUGAUGUCGACUUUUACGAUGCUCUGGCCCUCAUCGUCCAGGCCCCUGCUCUCCUGCCCCGUGCUACCCACACAGAGGACGUUGUCGCUUGGCACGCCCAGCAGGCCCGCUCCCACUUUGCCCAGCACGUGGUCCCGCUCUUGUCUGGCUGCCUUGACGACCAAGGCGACGAGCCAGGGGCUGAGAAUAGGGGCCGCUACCGUGGCACCGGGAGGAGAGGGGAUUACUACGAGCGCCACAUGGUGAUCGUCAUGAGCAGUAUCCGGACCCUGGAGGCAGCACUAAGGCUCUACUUCUACGGUUUCGGGAUGCUCGUAAGGGGCUUCCACAAGCUCGCCGUCGCCAACGGCCCCGGCAAGCCACUAGUAGUAGAUCCCGAGCUUAUUGCAACACGCUUCCGCCGGGAUAUACAUGCCCUCGUCGGCAACUCGGCCUCGCCGGAGCUGAUGAGGUCCGUAAGUAUCGUCCUCGUGCGUCUCACGGGCACAAUCCUCGGCAUACCGUCCGGGGAUGACAGUAAUGAUAUUGGCUCCGUACGAUCGUCCCAGCGGCUAGCACCGCCUACGGACGAUGACCUUAAUGCCAUAGCUACGAGGCAACGCCUACAUGAGCUCGUCGAGCAGCUACACAAUGUGGGACUGGCAGGAGAGCGGUUCCAGAUUCUGUUUGCUGAGAUCAUGGACUCGAUGAUGUCCGACUUUGUGACGGGAGCCUAUGCCGGAGUUUGGAGUGCGUCCGACACCCAAAGCUUCUCAGCUGCCACGGCCAUGAACACAAUAUCCCGGACAGCGGGUGCCUCGUUUACUUCUCCUUGCAUACUCUCGCUCGGCGACUGGGUUGAGAACCACUUCUCACGCCUCAGCCUGGAAGUCUUGUCGCGUGUAUCCCCAGGGGCUGCCUCGCCUGUCAAGCUAUCGGAUGUCAAGACAUAUCAGUCGCUGGCUCUUGGUCGCCUGGCCGCUCUCCGCAUAUCAGAGCUCUUUGAUAUUGUUUUAGCAUGGCCCUCCUCGCGCGGAGCCCUGGAUGAUCUGCGUGCUACAAUCACCACCACAGCUCGUCGUCUGCAACUUACGGCGAGCUUCUCGCAUACCCUUCAGACUCGGCUACUCCACCCGGGCUACAGUACGCUCAAGAUUCUGCGCACCUAUAUUGCCAUAAUCCGUACACUACAUGCCCUAGACCACAGCAAGGUUCUUCUAGGCCAUGUAGAGUCGAGCUUGCAGCUGUACUUGUGCCAGCGUGAGGAUGCCGUCCGUAUUGUAGUCACUGGCCUGCUCGCCAGCGCCGAGGAGCUGCGCGUCGCGAGAAAGUACAACGAGACGGCGAAAAAGCCGAUGGAGAGGCGUUCUCAGGCAGGCCAUACCGGCACCGGGAAUCGGGGAGGGCCUGAACCGGGCCCCUUCGUGACGCCUGCCGUAGGUGGAGGAUACCGCGAGACACCUGGCACGAGAAAACGGCGAGACAGCACCCCUGAAGCAGGGCCCGGGGACGCCGAAAAGGCAGCUCGAGAUCUGUCCUCUACCAAACUUAUUGAGCUUUCUCUGAUCUUGAACGACCCGCUGCAGUCUCGCCGUGCCUCGCCAGAAGACGAGGACCUCGACUGGAACGACAUGACGUGGGUUCCAGACCCUGUUGAUGCCAGCGCGAACUAUAAGCGGCCCAAGAGCGAGGACGUCAUCGGCACGCUUAUCUCGGCGCUGGGUAGCGAGGACGUCUUCAUCAAGGAGUUUGCCUCGGUGCUCGCGGACCGGCUGCUGACGGACCCGGCAAACUUUGACCAAGAGUUGCGGGUCCUCGACCUGCUAAAGCGCCGCUUCGGCGAGCCUGCAUUGCAGAACUGCGAUGUCAUGAUCAAGGAUGUAAGGGACUCGCGGAAGGUAGACACCCUAAUCCGGCGGAAGCGCAAGGAUAGGCACGAGGGGAAAUCACCGGCUACGCCGGGUACCAUGGACCAGGCACUAUCAGCGCAAGGGGCAAAAGAGAUGGAGUACCAUGCUCGGAUACUGUCGCGGCUUUUCUGGCCGAAUCUGGACCGCGAGCACUUCCUCCUGCCGACCCCCAUCGUCGAGGAGCAGAAGCGGUACGAGUCUGGCUAUCAGGGUCUCAAGUCGGGUCGCAAGCUCACCUGGCUGAACCAGCUGGGCCAGGCACGCGUGGAGCUCGAGUUGCGCGACCGCUCCGUCACGGUCGACUGUACAACGGUGGAAGCGACCGUUAUCUACGCAUUCCAAGACCCUGACGCCGAAGACGGAAACUCGUCGGUGCGUCGGUCUGUUGACGAGCUGUACGCUCAACUCCAGAUGGACGAAGACAUGAUCGCUGCAGCUCUCACUUUUUGGGUUGCCAAGGGCAUCCUCCGCCACGUGCAGCACGACGUGUAUGCUGUGGCCGAGACGCUCGCGGCGGCGGCGAAUGCGGACUCAUCGUCUGCGGCGAACGCAGGCUCGUCUGGAUCGGCAGCCGGGCAACAGCCUGGCGCCGCCAUGUCAACAGCAGAAGACAAGGAAGACGGGGGCGAGCCGCCGCGCAAGACGGCAGGCGGCAAACCGGCGGGAGCCAGCGCAAAGGAACAGGAGCGUCGUGCCAUGUACUGGCAGUACAUCUGCGGCAUGCUGACCAACGCCAGCGCCACCAUGCCGCUCGGCCAGAUGGCCAUGAUGAUGAAGAUGCUGAUCUCGGACGGCUUCCCGUGGAGCAACGAGGAGCUGCAGGAGUUCCUGGGCGAAAAGAUUGCAGACGGCGAGCUCGAGGUCGUGGGCGGCAAGUAUAGGCUCCCGAGAAAAUAA